AUGCCCGGCAGUUAUGGAUCACAAUCACCUAUCUCCCCUGAUACACCUCUAUCUUCCUUGAUAGCUUCCGCAAAGACGCAUCUCUCCAGUGGCACGCCUCGUGAGGCACUCGCCUACCUCGAUGCCGCGAUCUCCAGAGACCCGGAGAACUACCUUACCGUCUUUCAGCGCGGCGCCGCAUAUCUCUCUCUGGGCAGGCGAUCGCAAGCCCUAGAUGACUUCGACCGCGUUCUCCUACUCAAGCCAGACUUCGAAAGCGCACUUCUACAGAGAGCUCGUUUACGAUCUAACAUCGCCGACUGGACAGGCGCAUUCAGCGACCUUGAGAAGGCUGGGAAACAAUCGUCCGCCGAGUACAAAGAACUUCAGAGUGCACGGGAUGCUGCAUCUCGAGCACUGGAUGCCGAAACCAAGGGCGACUGGGAAACCUGCGUAAGUGAGGCGAGCACUGCGAUAUCGAAAGCAAGUGCAUCUCUCAACCUACGGCGAACUCGGGCGCAUUGUCGUUUCGAGAAGGGAGAGUUGGAGGAAGGCAUCAGUGAUUUGGUUCACGCGUUGCAGAUUUCUCCCGGUUUAAUAGAUCCACAUCUACAAAUCUCUUCUAUGCUGUUCUAUACCCUUGGGGAUAGUGAACGUGGCGUAGCGCAGAUUCGCAAAUGUCUUCAUUCGGAUCCGGACUCUAAACCGUGCAAUCGACUCUACAGAAGGGAGAAACAGAUUAUCAAACGACUUCAGAAGCUACAGGAUGCUGUCUCUGCGCGCAAAUUCAACAAUGCGAUAAAUCUCCUGGUCGGUACUAGCGGGGAGGGCGGCCUCAUUGACGAUGUAAAGGGUGAUGUAAAGCAAGCUAGGGAAGCAGGCCAUAUUUUCUCAGACUCUCAGGGUCAGCUCUACGCCUCGCUGGUUGAGCGAACCUGCGAAGCAUAUAAUGAGGUACAUAUGCCUAAACGCGCAACUCCUUUUUGCUCUGAGGCAUUGGAGCUGAAUCCUCAAUCUCUACCGGCCCUCCUCUUCAAGAGCCAGGUUGCUCUAGAUGAUGAAAGGUACGAUGAGGCCUUACGCAUUCUUAACACGGCCAAGGAUCACCAUCCUCAAUCAAGAGAGGUUCAGGAGCUAUUGAGAAAGGCCGCGAUGCUGGAGAAGCGUUCAAGGCAGAAGGAUUACUACAAGGUUCUCGGUGUCAGCAAGGAUGCCGACGAAAAGGAAAUUAAACGCGCUUACCGACAGCUGGUUAAGAAGCACCACCCAGAUAAGGCCUUGUCGCAGGGCGUUACGAAGGAGGAGGCCGAGAAAAAUAUGGCCGCCAUCAACGAGGCCUACGAGGUUCUUUCUGAUCCCGAGCUUCGGCGAGGUUAUGACAACGGUGUCGAUCCCAACGACCCGGAGACCCAACGUCAGAACCCCUUCCAUGGCAGUCCGUUUGGACACGGGGGUGGUCAGCAGUUCUUCUUUCAACAGGGCGGUGGCGGUGGUCCACAGUUUAAAUUCUCAUCUGGUGGUGGUUUCAACUUUCCUGGUGGAUUUCCAUUCUAG